UGCACCUGUCUGCCGCACAUCAUCAGGCCUGAAUAAGCGUUUGUGUUGGUUCAGCGUGUUUGCUUGCUCCAUUUUCUACGGCGCAACGGGAAAGUGGCAACAAAGGAAGCGAGGUCGAUGAACCGUGUGCUGUACGCACUGGUUUCGCUACUACACAUAAUCCCGCUCCACGGCCUGCCCCAUCCCAACUGCCGUUAUACGUCCUCUAAUCUGGAAUGCACCAGCACCAACCUGGAUAUUCCCGUGAAUUUCGAUGUGACCAUGGUUCCAAAUGUGCCGCUUCUGCGUCUAUCCUGCCCGAAUUACGCCGCGAAACUGUAUUGCAAUACUCUACGGGAAGACAGUCCACCGCUGCCCGGGCGACCGGCACUAGUCACUGUGGAGCUGAAUGGCUUUCAGUCCGCCGGCUCCGGUCAGCCGGGUUUUCGCCGGUUUCUGCACAGUUUGGCGCCGCAGAUUACGGAACUGCGCAUUGGUUAUAGUCGAGUGGGCACUGUGGAUGCACACCUGCUGCGGGGAUUCGCGGCGCUCCGUACCCUGUCGCUGGCUAACAACGAUAUACCGGCCAUUGCACCGGGCACCUUCCAAGCGCUCCGGUUUCCGCUGGCGCCCGCUGUUCACACUUCCGUUUCAACGAGACUCCGGGAUCUCUAUCUGCAGGGCAACGCACUGCGCCAAAUCGAUUUAUCGGUUUUUAAGCCGAUUGCGCAAAGUUUAGAAAUCUUGGAGUUGAGCGGUCAGAAUCCCAGUUUAAAUUCCAUCAUCCAGAGCCAUCCCGGUUUCCAGCUGGCGCUGACGACGUUCAGCGUGCGCUCUAACAGUCUGACGAAUGUUUCCCGGGACGUUCUACAGUCCAUUACGCCGCGUCCAUCAUCAUCGUAUGUCAACUUUGAUUGGCAGAGUAACGGCUUCUGCACCAUGAAAACCGAUUGCUCCUGCUGUGAACUGGAGGAUUUCUUUCGCUGGGCGUCUAGUAUCCGUAAACCCGGCGGAUCAUUCGGAUUGCAGUUCACCUGCAGCGGCAAAUCCUUCAGCCAGAGCUCCACCUUGGCCCUCAACCUUUUCAGCAGCUGUCCAUUAACAUCAGUUAACUCUGAUAAAACAGUUUGUUACGAGGCUCCGCCCAUCGCCAUCACCUGUAUUGGCAACGGAGAACUAGCGACCAGCGAGCCCGAUCUGGCCAAGAGCGACGCCUCGGCGCUAAGCUUUUCCGCCAUUAACGGCUUCCGCUGUCGUAGUAUCUUGUACGACAUUCACUUGAAGCUCCUGCAGAUGGCCGCGCACAGCAAUUCCACCCAAAGUCAGCACGGAACCAUCACAGGGAUUUGUGUCGAGGGACAGCUGACCGUGGAUGUUGGGGACGCAAACGUUGCCAGCGUUACACAACUAACACUGGACACGGACUCAAGUGCGGAAUGUCAGGAGAAAUUCCAGCAGUUCGUCGCCUGGAUCUAUACGAAAAAAUUCCCGCAGAAACCGAAUCAGAACGUCACGUCAUCGAGCACCCAGAUUGUUCCCUUGAAUCGGUGGACGGAAGAGUUCCUGAUCUGUUCGAAAGUCCCUCCACUGAUUGUACGUUGCAACGGAACGGCUACGGUGUCCACCUUCAACGACACAACAUCGAGCGAUGCGACGGAGCUGGUUUUCCAAUCAGAUAACAGCUUCCGCUGCCGACAGAUCGCCAUAAACAUACACCGGCAUAUUUUGUCCCAACGGAAUACGGUCGUCGAGAGCGGGGCUCCCGAAGCGUGGAAACGGGACGCCGUGAUUGCGGUGUGCCAGAAAGGUCAAGUGGUUUUGUCUGAUGGGAAUCCGGAACAGGCGGUCUUCGCCAAUUUUCGUUACUAUUCCGCACCCAAUCAGCUGUGCCGGGAUGCUUUCCAACGUAUCAUGAGAUAUCUGCAGUCGGCGCUGGAAUGAUUGCAGAACACUACAUUAGACUUACCCGUAUCCGUUUCUUUCUAGUCAGUGUGCCUGAAGACAGUUGACAGCACCAAUGGUAUCUGAUCGGCACAUUGUACGAAAGCCAGCAGCAUACACAGAACUUUCGCGCACUAUCUAACAUUUUUUCGUAAUUUUGUAUCAUUAGUCUAAAUUCUAAAGCUAAAAUUAAUAAUUUGUAUACAGUGCAUUUGCCUAAAAAUGUUUUCCAGUCCAAAGGAUACACGGACAUUUUAGCGUUUUCUUGUCUGCUAAUAACCGUGCAGUUUGUACUAAUGUGAAGGCUUCAGAAUACAAACCCUAUUAAUAUAAAUCCACUGUGACCAUUUUAAAAAUUAUUGUUCAUGCAGCAUGCAUUAUGCUUCCUUUGAC